CGGGGCCUUUGGGGGCGGGUCCCGGUCCGGCCAGUGCGGGGACGCGCGGUGCCGCCCAGGAGCGAGCCAGCGAGGGGCUGGCGGAGUCCGAGCGCCCGGUCCGCUGCGCGGGAUGCUGCCCUGGACGGCGCUCAGCCUGGCCCUGAGCCUGGCGCUGGCGUGGGCGCGGAGCGGCGCGGAACGCGGGCCCCGGGCAGCAGCCGCCCAGGGGGACCUGCUCUUUCUGCUGGACAGCUCAGCCAGCGUGACUCAUUAUGAGUUCUCCCGGGUCCGGGAGUUCCUGGGGCAGCUGGCAGCCCCACUGCCCCUGGGCCCCGGGGCCGUUCGUGCCAGCCUGGUGCACGUCAGCAGCCGGCCCCACUCCGAGUUCCCCUUCGGCCAGCACAGCUCCGGGGCCGCCGUCCAGGACGCCAUCCUCGCCGCUGCCCAGCUCAUGGGCAACACCAACACGGGCCUGGCGCUGGCGUACGCCAAGGAGCAGCUGUUUGCCGAGGCUGCGGGGGCCCGGCCGGGGGUGCCCAAGGUGCUGGUGUGGGUGACCGACGGCGGCUCCAGCGACCCCGUGGGGCCCCCCAUGCAGGAGCUGAAGGACCUGGGCGUCACCGUCUUCAUCGUCAGCACCGGCCGGGGCAACCGCCUGGAGCUGUCGGCCGCUGCCUCGGCCCCCGCGGAGAAGCACCUGCACUUCGUCGACGUGGACGACCUGCCCAUCAUCGCCCGGGAGCUGAGGGGCUCCAUCCUCGACGCCAUGCAGCCGCGGCAGCAGCUCCGUGCCUCUGAGGUCACGUCCAGUGGCUUCCGCCUGGCCUGGCCGCCCCUGCUGACCGCCGACUCGGGCUAUUACGUGUUGGAACUGGCACCCAGCGCAGAGCCGGCCGCCGCGCGACGCCAGCAGCUGCCGGGCAACGCCACCGGCUGGACCUGGGCCGGCCUGGACCCGGACACGGACUACCACGUGGCGCUGCUGCCCGAGUCCAACCUGCACCCCGUGGGGCCGCAGCACCUGCGCGUGCGCACGCUGCCGGAGGAGGCCGGGCCGGAGCGCAUCGUCAUCUCGCACGUGCGGCCGAGCAGCCUGCGCGUGAGCUGGGCCCCGGCCGGCGCGCUCCGCUACCACGUGCAGGUCGGGCCGCUGGGGGGCGGCGCGGCGCAGCGCGUGGAGGUGCCCGCGGGCCGCAACGGCACCGCCCUGCAGGGCCUGGCGCCGGGCACCGCCUACCUGGUCACCGUGACGGCGGCCUUCCGCUCGGGCCGCGAGCGGGCGCUGUCCGCCAAGGCCUGCACCCCCGACAGCGAGCGCAGCCGCGCCCCGCGCCCCCCGCCGCCGCCGGGGCCCGGGGGCCGGGGGCCGUGACCCGGACGCCCGCGCAGCCCAGGGCCCCUUCUCCCGACCCCGGUGCGGGAGGCGCCCACCGCCGGACCCAGGGUCUCGUUCCGGGGGCUUGGGGGUGCGGACUCGGCCUUUGCGCGCGGCGAUCCCGCGUGACCGACCCCCAGUCCUCGUUCCGCGGCCGGAGCCCGACUCCAGGGCCAGACCCUCGGCUGCAGCUCUGGCGCUGGCUGGAGCGACCCUUCCCUUCCCGCCCGGCGCGGGGCCCUCGGCCGUGUCCUUGGGGCUGGAGUCAGCGGGGAGAUGGAGGGGGAGUCUGGGCGCGGGGUGAGACCAUCAGACCCGGGACAGGCCCGGCCCAGGACCAAGGGCGGUGGGCCGGGUGGGCCUCCCACUGUGUGAAGGGCCAGUGGUCCAGCUGGCCACUCAGGUCCGGGAUGUGGCUAGAAGGUGGAGGGGGGCGGGGUCCGGCCAGGUCCCCACAAGCUUCCAGGAGGAGACAGGACCCGCCAAGGGCGGGGAAGAGUGUUUGGAGGUGCGGUCAGAGGUCAGCGGCUGGAGGGUGGACAGGUGCCCUUCGCCAGGCCACCCAGCUGCAGGGCAGUGCCUGCCCCCCCUCUGGGCCCAGCACAGGGAGGCCGGAGCUGGCAUUCAGGACCCUGGAGACAGCACUGGCAGGGAGUCUCCUCUUGCUUCUGAUGGGGUCCUCCAGGCUGGGGGGUCAGCCAGGUCCCCCCGGGAAGCACCCCAGCGAUUCUCUGCCUCUUCGGACAGCGCCCUCCUCUGUCAUUACUCACCCUCGGGGGCCCCAGGCCAGUCCCAAGGGCAGGCAGCGCUGCUGUCCCGGCCACCAGGCCCCUCAUCCUCUGCCUCUUCCCCACUAACAUCCCACACCUUCAAGUACAGAUUAAACCGGAUGUAACCCGA